AAUAAUUUUGGUUCUCAGUGUAUAUACUCUGAGGAAUACAUGUUAUAAUUAUUAAUUUUUUUAACGUUUCACUAUCUUUUGUCUUGUGUCUUGUCCGAAUAAUCUUUACAAAAUUCUAGUUAUAUGCACCCAAGCAAUCUAGCUCAUUAGUUAUUGUUUAUUUUCUAUGUUAUUGAUCUCUGCUUUGAAAGCAGUAAAACGUUUCAAAUUUUUUACCCAAAGAAUUAAUAAAAAUACGCAGAAACUGCCAUAUAAUAAUUGAAGUCCGUUGGUAGUUGUGUUCACAGGAUCAUAUAUUGUUCAUUUUUUUAGCAUUAAUUUAGAUACAAUCUUUGGCAGAUUAUUACCUGGACAUGAUUUUGAUGUAGUAAUAGUAACACGUGCAACAUUUUAACAUCAUAUACCGUUUUCCAUAUCUGAAGACCCUGGUUAGAUAAUCAAAAUGAUUUGACAAAUCAUGAACUCAUUUUGUCAAAGGUAUGUGGUAAAUUGUUUCAUGCUUCACUGUCCUGUUUCUUUGCACUCUUUUCCAAAGCACCACUCUUUUCCAAGGAAGGUAUGAGUGUCUUUGCCAUUGCCAUUUCCAUUGAUAUAGAAAUUGUAUUUUAAAUGAAAAAAAAAUGUAAAUUGUGUGACAAGUGAUACUCCAUCUGAAACUUCUUUCAUCAACAACCCCAAAUAAGCCAAUAUUCAUGGAACAUGAAAAUAUCAUUGCCUCAAGUAUUGCUGUUUUUUCCCUUCCUUUUUGGCACACAGUUUGUUUCUCCCAUGACAACAACAAAUUAUAUGCAUCUUUUCAUGUCUCACACAUAUAGCACUAUAUGGCUAUUCUAUUUCUUUAAUAUAGCUUAUAUAUCUGUGUUAAACCCCAUGUAUAAUAAUAUUGCUUAUGUCACAUAUUCAUAGCCAAAAUCAUCAUUCUGGUACUACUGAUAUAAUAGAAUAGGUACAUAGAGUUGCUAUUAUCCUCCUAUUCCCUCUACAUAAAAAUGGCAAGCUCAGUAAAUAUUAUCUGCAAAAGGACUGUGGUGAGCACAAAGGCAAUUGAACCAGGAAAGUACUUACCCUUAUCAGUUUUGGAUCGUUUCAUGGAGAAAAACCAUAUUAGAAUGGUAUACUAUUACCAAACAUCAGAAGAAUUGGAGCUUGGAAAAUUGACCAAGAAGUUGAGAGAGACUUUGUCAGAAAUGCUUACUCAUUUCCCUAUAGUGACAGGAAGGUUGAUAAGAGAUGAUAUGGGACAUUGGAAGAUCAAAUGCAAUGAUGCCGGUGUUAGAAUGGUUGAGGCAAAAGCUAAAGGUGGUGUGGAAGAGUGGCUAAGAAGUGUGGACAGGGAAAAGGAACUUAAGCUUGUUUAUUGGGAAGAUAUGCAUCAAAAGCCUUACUAUUGGUCCACUUUUUAUGUUCAGCUAACUGAAUUUGAAGAAGGUGGAAUAGCAAUUGGCCUAAGCUGCACUCAUCUCUUGGCAGAUUCCAUCUGUGCAACAAAUUUCAUGAAGGCUUGGGCUGACAUUUCAUUAGAUAACAAAAUGAUUUCACCUCCAAUAUUCCAUCCUUUACCUCCUCAAAAACCACAAAACAAAAAGCCCAAUAAUAUCUCAUAUAUGGGCUUAAUAUCUCACUAUAAAUCCUCGAUUGAGAAGCCCAUUUCUAUCAAGGAAUCAAAGUACACCACUAUUUCUAUGGGCUUCUCCCACCACAUGGUCCAGGCUUGCAUGUCUUUGGCCCAAAUCAAUGGUUCAUCAAGCCCAAGCCCAAGCCCAAACUCAACACCAUUUGAAGCCCUAUCCGGGUUGUUUUGGGUCGCUUUAAGCAAAAUCAAAGGUAUACAAAAUGGGCUUGUUGACAUGUCCAUAUGUUUGAAUGUAAGAAAAAUCAUGGGCUUAGAUCAAGGAUUCUUUGGAAACUCCAUGCUGUACAACAAGGUGCAUUUAGAAGAAAAUUUCAAUUUAGAUUUAUACGAGAAUAAAUUUCCACAAGCUACUAAGGCCAUAAAAAAUGCUGUGGCUAAAAUCAAGAAUGAAGAAAUAAUAGAUUUAAUUGAGUGGUUUGAGAAUAAUGAUAUAAAUUCAUCUACAAUGAUGAAAGGUCAUGAUUUGGUUUUUACUAGCUUAGAGGAUGUUGACCCGUAUUUAGCUACAUUUCAAGAUAUGUUGAAACCAAUUCAUGUCUCUUAUUACAUAGAGCCAGUUCUUGGAGAAGGACAUGUUUUGAUUCUUCCAACACCACUUGAUGAGGGUCCCUUAGGAAGGGUAGUAAUGGCAACACUUCAAGAAGAAGAAGCAAUUAAGCUUUGUGAAGAUGAAUUUAUUUCACAAUUCUCUCCUAAUAUCUUGAUGAAAUGUGUCAAUAAAUAUUAAUUGCAUUAUGCAUGUGUAAUGGUGAGAUUGUCUUAAAAUAAAAUUGUAGCACCUUCAUAAGAACAUGCACUUAUUGUCUUCA